CGGGCGGGGGCGGCGGGCGCGGGCAGCGGGCCGGGGCCGGGGCCGGGGCCGGAGCCGCCGCCGGGCCCAUGGAGCUGGAGAACAUCGUCGCCAACACCGUCCUGCUCAAGGCCCGCGAAGGUGGUGGAGGAAACCGGAAAGGCAAGAGCAAGAAAUGGCGGCAGAUGCUGCAGUUCCCCCACAUCAGCCUCUGCGAGGAUCUCCGGCAAACCCUCGAGCGGGACUACCACAGCCUGUGCGAGAAGCAGCCCAUUGGGCAAAUGCUCUUCCGGCAGUUCUGCGAGACGCGGCCGGAGCUGUCCCGCUGCGUCAAGUUCCUGGAUGCUGUGGCAGGGUACGAAGUGGCUCCAGAUGAGAAGCGGAAGGAGUGCGGGCAGGACCUGAUUGAAAAGUACUUGAAGCCAAAUAGUGAGGACCAUGUGCCUGAAGUUCCCUCGCAGCUGGUGGAUGCCUGUUGUGAGAGGCUGGAGCAGGAACCUUCCAAGGAGCUUUUCAAGGAAUGCACUAAGCUUAUCCAUGACUACCUGAGCGUGGCUCCCUUUGCCGACUACCUCGACAGCUUGUACUUCAACCGCUUCCUGCAGUGGAAAUGGCUGGAACGGCAGCCAGUGACCAAAAACACUUUCCGCCAGUACCGUGUGUUGGGUAAGGGCGGUUUUGGGGAGGUUUGUGCCUGCCAAGUGCGUGCCACAGGGAAGAUGUAUGCCUGCAAGAAACUGGAGAAGAAACGGAUCAAAAAGAGGAAGGGAGAAGCCAUGGCCCUGAAUGAAAAACAGAUCCUGGAAAAAGUGAACAGUAGGUUUGUAGUGAGCUUAGCCUAUGCAUAUGAAACUAAAGAUGCUCUCUGCCUAGUGCUGACCCUCAUGAAUGGAGGGGACCUCAAGUUCCAUAUCUACCACAUGGGAGAGGCUGGCUUCGAGGAGCCCCGGGCAGCUUUCUAUGCUGCUGAGAUCUGCUGUGGCCUCGAGGACUUGCACCAGGAGAGGAUAGUGUACAGGGACCUGAAGCCAGAGAACAUAUUACUGGAUGACCACGGUCACAUCCGCAUCUCAGACCUGGGACUAGCUGUGCAUGUGCCAGAGGGCCAAACAAUCAAGGGCCGGGUGGGGACAGUUGGCUACAUGGCUCCGGAGGUGGUGAAGAACGAGCGCUACACGUUCAGCCCGGACUGGUGGGCUCUGGGCUGCCUGGUGUACGAGAUGAUCGAGGGACAGUCCCCCUUCCAGCAGCGCAAGAAGAAGAUCAAGCGGGAGGAGGUGGAGCGGUUGGUGAAGGAAGUGCAGGAGGAGUACUCGGAGAAGUUCUCGCCCUGCGCCCGCUCCCUCUGCACCAUGCUCCUGUGCAAAGACCCUCUGGAGCGCCUUGGGUGCCGAGGAGCUGGGGCUAAGGAAGUGAAGGAACACCCUCUCUUCAAGCACCUCAACUUCAGGAGGCUGGAAGCAGGCAUGCUGGAACCUCCCUUCAAGCCAGAUCCUCAGGCCAUCUACUGCAAGGAUGUUCUGGACAUCGAGCAAUUCUCCACAGUGAAAGGAGUGGAGCUGGAGCCCACAGACAAUGACUUCUACCAGAAGUUUGCCACAGGAAGUGUGCCCAUUCCUUGGCAGAACGAGAUGAUCGAGACAGAGUGUUUUAAGGAGCUAAAUGUCUUUAGCACAGAUGGCACAGUGCCCCCAGACCUGGACUGGAAAGGGCAGCCUUCUCCACAGCCCAAAAAAGGGUUACUCCAGCGCUUGUUCAGCCGACAGGACUGUUGUGGAAACUGUGGCAACAGCGAGGAAGAGCCCACCCGGCUGUAGAGCACAGCUUAUUCUCCAGCCCCUGAGACCCCCUUGCCUCUCCGAGUGCCCAGCCUGAAGGACACGAUUGCAGUGGCCCCACAAGGCGAAUUUGUUUACAGCUUUACACAUCUGUAUUUGAAGACUGUGAGGAUGACUCCAAGGCUGGCAGCAGCACAUGGCUCAGGCUGAGAUGCCUCUGUCCAUGGGCAACCCCUGAGACAAACCCGGACGCUUCCAAAUGUGCCGCUUGGGAUGGUGCUGCUGCCUCUCUCCUCCUGGGCCCAGGGUGGGAGGGAGGGAUCAUGCCAGCGUGGGCCAAGGCCAGGCUGGAGCAGCUCUGCUGACACAUUCCAUAGUGCCAAAGUGGCACUGCGAGUUUGAUGUAUAUUUAUAUAUGUCGGUCUGUACAUAUCACAUGUCAGUUUUUAAUCUAUAGGUGGGGGCCUGUACUGCCCCCACCCUGUCACAGGCACAAAUGUCCUCCUAUGGGGGGAGUGACAGUCCCAGCGUUGUUCCAGGGAGUCCUGGGCAGAGGCCUUUGGUGCCUUGAGGUGUCUAAAGCAUCUUUCCUGGACCUUUCUGGCUGUGCUGAGGCAUCCCUGGCUCCAGCGGAGUCUGUUGCUCAGCCCCAAGGCACAGGAAACCACUGUGCCAAAGCAUCUCCCGUUGCGUCCUGGCAGCAGAGCGUCACUGCCUCGUCCUCGCUUCUGUCUUGCUGGAUCCUGCUGCCUCCUGCCUCGUCUCACACAUGCUGCCGGCGAGCUGAUCCCAAGUCCCUCUCCAGACCCCUGGCACAGCAGGACACAGCCACUCCUGUGGUACCUGCUGCUGCUGGGUCCAAAGGGUUGGUCUGAUCCCUGGCAUGCUGCAGGAUGGUCCCAGCAUGGUUCCACCAGCUCUGGACCUGUGCAUGCCAGAGGUGCUGCGGUCUCAAGGCCCUGCUCGGUGUCGGAGGAGCAGACACAUAAGGGACCCUGCUCUCGGGGAACAAAGCUGUGGUAAAGGGAAUGUCCCUUGGUUCACAUGGAGCUGUGACCCAAGAGUAAGUGGGCUGGGACCAGCUUAGUGUGUGUCCCUAGGGGUCCUGGGGAGCCAGCACAGCUCCUGUGCCCAUGGGCAGGGUAGAGUGGAGGGGCUGGAGCCCUCCUGAGGAACAGCACAGGGCUCAGCCCACUUCUGCUCUGUUUGUCCUGUCCCCUCGUGUACACACUUGUCCUAGCCGUGUCCUGAGCAAUAACUCACCCCUUCUCUGUAUGUGUGCACACACGUGUGUGUGCGUGUGCUGCUGCCUCUGCUCUUUCUGAGCCAGGCCCCCCAGGGGGGCUGAGCACCUACUUGGACCUGUGGUAUCAUUUGCUUGCCUUGCACUAAAGUUGGAGAGUAUUUAAAUUUUUAA